CCCUAACUCCUCUCGUACCUCGACUACCACCAUGCCGGCCAUUGAAUCACUUGGCGCCUCGUCGCGCUCGUCGCCUAUCUUCUCGCCCUCCGACGUAACUGUGAUUUUUGUGCUCGGCGGCCCUGGUGCAGGCAAGGGAACUCAGUGCUCGAAUCUGGUCACCGACUAUGGUUUCAAGCACUUGAGUGCGGGCGACUUGCUGCGCGAAGAGCAGGAUCGACCUGGCAGCGAAUUCGGCGAAAUGAUCAAGACGUACAUCAAGGAGGGGACCAUAGUGCCCAUGGAAGUCACUAUACAGCUGCUAGAGAAUGCCAUGAAGACAGCCAUGGAGAAGGAGAACAAGAAACUGUUCUUGAUCGAUGGCUUCCCCCGCAAACUCGACCAAGCCCAUGCUUUCGAACGGUCCGUUGUACCCUCCAAGUUUACACUCUUCUUCGACUGCCCUGAAUCUGUCAUGGAAGAGCGCUUGCUCAACCGCGGCAAGACAUCUGGUCGGGCUGAUGACAAUAUCGAGUCUAUCAAGAAACGCUUUCGUACUUUCGAAGAGACCAGUAUGCCUGUAGUCAACGAGUUUGAGAGUCAGGGGAGGGUAGUCAAGGUCGAGGCGAUCAAGUCUCCAGAAGAGGUAUAUCAAGACGUUCAGGCCAAGAUCAAGGAUUGGGGUGUCGAGCCCAUCACUCUGAAAUUUGUGCCAGCGUGA